GAUUUCCUCGAGUGCUGUGUGAUAUUUCUUGUCGUCUGACUUGACUUCAUUUUUACCGGCAAGAAAAUCCUCUUUUCCUCUACUAAAGACCAAAGAAUACCCACAGAAACAUGUCUACGAGAACGCAAGAAUCCCGAAUUCAAUAUUACAAGAAUAAAAACAAAGAUGUGUCGACUCUGCGACAAAGAAGGAAUGAUGUAACAGUGGAACUAAGAAAGGCAAAAAGAGAAGACCGAUUACAGAAGAGACGAAAUGUACCUCUGGAUUUGACAGAUGAAAAAGAUGAUAUCUUCCCAAGAAAAGAUUUGAGUACUAUUGUUUUGGAGGCAGCAAGUACGGAUCCCGUAGUCCAGCUAAAAGCCGUUCAAGCUGCAAGGAAAUUGCUAUCAAAAGACAAGAAUCCUCCCAUUGAUGACUUAAUCAAGUCAGGAAUACUUCCCAUACUUGUUCAGUGUCUACAACAAGCAAAUAAUGCUGCAUUACAGUUUGAAGCUGCUUGGGCAUUGACAAACAUUGCAUCAGGAACAUCAGAACAAACACAGGCUGUAGUUAGUGCAGGUGCAGUUCCUCACUUCAUGGAAUUACUCAACUCCCCUCGUCAACAUGUUUGUGAGCAGGCUGUGUGGGCUUUAGGCAACAUCAUUGGUGACGGCCCUGUUCUGAGAGAUUAUGUCAUAGGAUACGGAGUAGUAAAACCAUUACUGAAAUUUGUCAAUCCAAGUGUCCCAAUAACCUUUCUUAGAAAUGUCACAUGGGUGAUAGUAAAUCUAUGUAGAAACAAGGAGCCCCCACCUCCAAUAGAUACCAUUAGAGAGGUGUUACCAGCUCUUGCUCUUCUUAUUCACCACCAAGAUCUUGAUAUUCUGGUUGAUACAGUUUGGGCAUUGUCGUAUUUAACUGACGGAGGAAGCCACCAAAUACAGCUUGUCAUAGAGUCAGGUGUUGUACAGUUCUUAGUGCCACUGCUCAGCCAUCAAGAAAUCAAACUACAGACUGCAGCACUAAGAGCAGUAGGUAACAUUGUUACAGGUACAGAUGAACAAACACAGGUUGUUCUUAACCAUGGUGCUCUAAGCCACUUUACUGGGCUAUUGAACCAUCCAAAAGAAAAGAUAAGAAAGGAGGCAGUAUGGUUUUUAUCUAACAUUACAGCUGGUAAUCAAUCACAAGUACAGGAAGUAAUAGAUGCUGGACUUAUCCCAUUGAUCAUACAAACACUAGAGACAGGUGAAUUCCAAACACAAAAAGAAGCAGCAUGGGCAAUAAGUAAUCUAACUGUGAGUGGUAGACAGGAACAGGUGGCAGUUCUUGUUUAUUGUAAUGCUAUAGAACCUUUAUGUAAGCUGUUAGACGUCAAAGAUCCACAGGUUGUACAGAUCGUUCUAGAUGGACUUAAUAAUAUACUAAAGAUGGCUGGGGAUAAGGCCGAUGCCAUUGCCACUAUGAUUGAAGAAGCUGGAGGUCUUGACAAGAUAGAGCAUCUACAACACCAUCAAAACGAAGAAAUUUACAAAUUAGCGUUUGAGAUGAUUGACCGAUACUUCUCGAACGAUGGAGAUGCUGUAGAUGAAGAAAUCGCCCCACAAGAAGUGGACGGUCAGUUCCAGUUUGGUACAAAAGAUAACGUUCCAGCAGAGGGCUUCAAGUUCAGCUAGUAGUACUAGGUCAAGUGGAGUGUGACGUGAGAGCGUGAGUGAAUCAAUCUACCAAAGCGAAAGGAACGCGCGUGAGAAUACAGCGUGAAGCAAGCGUGACACACGAACAUGAGUGAAAAUGAGACGAGCGCGUGCGUGCGUGAGAGUCGAGUCCCCCUUGCGAGAAGUUAGUGCGAGCGUGUGUGAGUGUGUGCGUGAAGCAGGCGUAGACAACCCCCCAUCGUCAGCUCACGCAUUAUUCCAAACCAAACUACAGACGCGACGAGUUUGAAACAAACAAGUACAACACUGAAAAUCAACAAUUCCUGGACUGCAUGUCAAUAUUACCAAAGGAUGGAUCCUAGAAUAGACAUUACGGCAAAACCAACGGACAUUUACCAAGUCCAUUUACGAUGGAUACUGUACAAUAUUAACAUUGGAUAGAGGUUUAAACCCCAUUACAAUAGCGCUCAUUUGCGCAUUAACUGUUAUCUAGUUCUUUAUUUUAAGAUAGAUUUUAGAAUUUUUAUCUCGAUUUCGUUCGCGGCCCCAAUGCUCAAAGAGCGAAUAAGUUACGAUCACGAUGGCCAUCCAUCUUAUCCUUCUAAUGUCUUAAUAAUAACAUUAUUCACUCUUGGAGCAGACUAGACGUAUCAUAGCUUAGUUAACAUUUUAGAGAUUUUGAUGUAGUCUUUGGAUUUCUCGUUAUGGAAAUGAGGCAUGAGUCAAAUCUACCAGUUGAACAAUCAGAGUCGUACUCAAACCUCACUUUCGUGCGUGAACAUCACAUUCAAAUAUGGCAGCCAUGUAUAGAGAAUUAUGGUAGCUGAUAAAAUGUGGAUGAUAUAUUUACAGUCCACGCUAUUCUUUAAUGUUAAAAACUUUUAUAUAAAUAUUAUACUCCUGCUAUGAUACUAUGUAAACGAAAACGUCACGAAAUAUUUGGCUAAACAAAUUACAAGGAAUCGUAUAUUAUUUUCAACGGGAAUCAAUGAAUAACUAUAUAUUUUCAUGUUAUGUUGUUCUAGGCUUUUGCACCUGACAGUCACGUGACUAAUUGAAUGCUAAAAAUCUGACGUUAUAUUCGUCUUUAUCACUAUGAACGAAACUUGCUGGCAAUCUUUAGUAUUCGAGGUUAAUUUGUCAUUCUCCUUAGGCCUGGUUCUCACUACGGUGGUAGCUCAAGGAUCAAAACAUUUUUGAUGCUUGCGUCACUAGAGAAAAGCAAGUUCAAGGGACGAAAUAAUGCAAAAACGUCACGUGACUAAGAUACAAUAGGCUCAAUAACUGCGGGCUCUUAAAUUAGUGAUUUAAUUUUUUUAAAGAUGUUUUUGUAAUUUCGUGCCAUGUAUAUAGCAUUUAGUGAACGAGAAAAAUUGUUAAAUCUUAUUACUGUAAGCGUCUUAUAAAAUCUCAUAGCAAAGGAUUUUAUUCUUAUUUUUUAAACAUAAGUACUAUAAAGCUUGCUUAUUAUAUCCGGCUAAAGCUUCUAGUUUUCUAUUCUAAUAGACGGACAACUAAUUGUAACCAGUAUACUACAGUACGUUUAAGAGUCUUGUACACCGAAUCGAAGUAUGGAAACCAAUUGGAUUAGCCAAGUGCUCAAGUGGAAACGCAAAACCUUGUCACCUGUAAGAGAGGCAAGUCAGCCCAAAAUAUUACAGUUGUUAUAUUAUAGACGCCAUACUUUGAUUCGGUGUAUAUGACCCCAGAUCGUGAGUGCAUUAGUAUUUGUGAUGUGAUGGAUAGGAAGUAUAUUCUUCGUGCUCAGUAAUUUUGUAUGUCGUGCCGAAAGGCUGCUGCUUCUGUAUUAUACCGAGUAGUACCAGUAAAUUGACUGCUUAACACGUU